AUGGAAAAACCAGAAGGGCUUGAUGCUCCAGCUGAGCUCAACGACGGUGUCCCUAACAUCCCCAAGUUCCCAGUAAAUAAAGGUUCUGAGGUGUUCAACGGAAAGGUUAUCCACUCCAUGGAGCACUCGGACAAGGGCAGCUCCCGUGCACUUGAGCUAAUCAGAAGAAAGCGCGUUAACGUGGUUAAGUCUGCUAUAGAUAUUGCAGCAGAACGUGGGAAUGUAAAUGUGCUUAGAUUUUUCGACGCCCGAAAUGGUGUUGCCAUCACUUGUAUGUCAUAUGGCAGCUAUGCAGUUGCGGCGGGAAUUCCUAUUACUUCAUCCUGCUGUAGAGAGAUUUCCUAUUCUCUUAUAGGCGUUAAUCAUGUGAUAUCUAAAUUUGCUGAGAGCUACUGCAAGUGUGCACUCCCCUUAAAGAUGUACGGGAUGGUACCAGAACAUAGCUUCUUCCAGGCUAUAUCUUCUGGUUUGGUUGCAUUGCAUCUGGAAAAAUUCUAUGACAAAGUGGAGGAAGGAAGCAUUGUCCUCCGCAAAUCGAGAAACUUCAGCUUUUGUAAGAAUGGUGUGAUGAUAGAUGGACAAGCUUCACCUAUAGAGACGGAUAUACCAAUUCUUGCGACAGGGUACAAGAGCGAUCAGAAGAUUACGGACGUCUUUUCUUCAGCAUUGUUUAAGAAGAAUGUUGCAGGUUCAUUAACGGCGACUUCUCCUCUCUACAGGGAAUGCAUAUAUCCACUCAGGAUUCCACAACUCGCCAUCAUCGGCUACUCUGAAAGCGUCUCUAAUCUACACACAUCGGAACUGAGGUCAAAAUGCUGGCUGGCUCAGUUUCUCGAUGGAGAUUGUCUUUUGCCAAGAAUAAUGAGAAUGGAAGAAAAUGUGAAGGAAUGGGAGAAGUACAUGAAGAGAUGCUCUGGUGAAUUCCUUAGAAAGCCGCGUACCAUAACUUUGAACACCUGGAACAAUGACCAGCUGUGUAGGGGUAUGGGUUGCAGCCCCAGAAGGAAGAAUGGGGUUUUUGGCUGA